UGCACUCCGCCAUGUUCGGGGCCCAUAUCGUGGCCUUGCUCGCUUGCUGCGACAACCUCCUCCUGCUCCCUUCGCUCACCCUCUGCACCUUCGUUGACAUACCAACAUUACUCUCGCUUACAUUGUUCAAUCUAUUUGCAGCAGAUCCAAGCAGCAUCUGCCAGUCCAUUACUUUGGAGUUCUCUCCCAUUCACUUUUUGCAUUCUGAAAUGUUGCAUUGACGAUUUGACACGACUCGCUCUGCUGUUCCAUCCCUUCGUUGAACCAUCCACGAUCUCGGCCUUGUUCAAACGCUGAGACUGACGGUAUAAAUCUGCAAGAGGAGGCUUCCACCUACGGGCGGCGUUGUUCUGCAUAUUAAUCAAUACUUCGAACGGUUGACGGAGGCCCUGUCGAGCAAAGGGGUCGACAGGGGCCCAAUUUCGCCUCAACAUGGCCAACCGCUACUCGACAUACUCGAACAACUCUUCGCAAGUUGGUGCUGCACGAACAGCGGCCCAACAGCCUACCCAAGUCUCGACGACUACUCUUCUCAACUCCCUGCACACAAUAUAUGCCUCCGGGCAAACAUACCAACUCGACUCGAGCACGAGCGUUGUGGUCAAUACUUGGUUGAGUGCAAUCAAUCCUGAUGCCCAGGGACGGUUGGGAGGCACUGUGGACGCGGAUAUUGCUGCAAGAGCUUGGGAACAUGCCAGACGAAGAGCUGAGGAUGGAUGUAUCAUUCUGGGGUCCUUGCACCCCUCGACACCCUCGCUCUUCCAAGCAUUUCUGCAGGUCAUGCCCCUGCCCACUCCAGAGAUCGCAUACACUGCUCUAUCGGCUUUGCGCCCCUUCCUCUCCUGUGUCACGCCCCUCAACUCGACAACAUACAGACAAUCCUCUCUUGCUGCCAAAUAUACCGUCACUUUGACAGGGACAGUGACCGGAUUUACGCUCGCCCUGUCUGGCUCAGGGAUAGACGUGGAAAGGGGCCUGCUAAAAAUCCCAUCCGAACCUGGUCAUCGUGCUUUUGAUGUCUUCUACUAUCUCCUGACAUCAGCAUCGACUCCGGCUGAGCGCGAGUUCCUGGGUUUGCAACAUCCAUCCAAAUACACCUUGUUGAAUAGAUCUGGAUGCUACGAUCCGCCCACAUACCUACCAACAGCCGAUGACGCAGCAGCGGCUGAAGACUUCCGCUCAGCUUUGAAGUCGAUUGGCAUUAAAGGCUCGGCUUUCCGUGGGCUGCUGUCGUGCCUCGCUGGAUUGCUGAAGUUGGGCGAGACGACCGGGUUCCUGGUUGACUCCGAUGUCCUCGAAGACAUAUGUGAGGAUAUAGGCGGCCUGAUUGGGUUGGAGCCUGAAGUACUCGUCAAAAAGUGCUCCACAGACGAUCGUGAAGUACUGAUUGCCGGCAUGUACGAAGCUCUGGUGGAUUGGGUCAUCGCAAAGGCCAACGAUGCUAUCGCCGCCGAGUUGCGCUCGGGUGCCCUGACACCUGACUCCAGCACCCAGACAGGUGACGAAGUCAGCCUCACAGUCAUUGAAAUCCCUGGGGAGGCGCUCGGGAAGGCUGUGGCUUUGCGAAAUGUUUUCGACGACACUCAAGGUAUCAACGCUGAAAUGAAGGACGAUGGUGUUGAGGUUGUGUCUGCUGGCCACUCCGUUCUCAAAGAGAUGAACUCUGCCAUUGCGGAGGUAGAGGCUGAUCUGGGUAUCAAAGGAGGACCACUCAGUCGGGAAAGAGAGCACGACCGGGAUCGACGAGAAGGCAUCCUGGAAAGGAUCGGCACCGAGGCGGAGUCCGGAGGCUUUCUUCGCACUUUACUCUACCCAGUCGAUGGUGAGGGCCUAAAUUUUGGCCGGAGGGGACGUUUUGAUCUGGGGGCUACGCUUGCUAGUAGUAGAGCGUGGUAUCAGCUCUCUAUCCACCCCACGGAUGACACGCCAAGUUCCUUGGCUGCGCUGACUUCGACGACUUCCGCGUGGUCUGCAGGAGCGGUAUCAAGACAGUUGCGAGCAUGGAGACUUCCUGAGUGGGCCAACCACCGCAACCGACGGCUCGACUUUACGGCUGAUUUCGAUGUCGAAGAGUUCGUGACAAGGUACUCCAGACUCGGCUGCAAAGAUGGCAAAGACGGGAUAGAAAGCUUUUUGCUCGAAAGAGGAUGGACAAAUGGAGAAGUCAUCAUUGGGCGAGAACGAGUCUGGAUGCGUGAAAGUGCCUGGUGGGAGGCUGAGUCGAUGCUGGACAUGAAACCCGUCGAAGGUGGCUAUUCCGACGACCCGACCUUCGGCCAGCCACUCAACCCCUUUGCAUCCAGCUACUCUGCUAAUGCUCCCCAUAAUGGCAGUGGCUUCUUCCCGCCAAUGGGCGACAAUAUGAGCGUCCAGGAUAGUCGGGAGAAUCUGCUUGCUCAAGCUGGCGCAGAACGGGCCAAAUCAAUUGCCCCAACAAUGGCACGUACGAUGCACACGGUUGGCGGUGACUACGGCCUUGGACCAAAAGGCGACGACCACAAGGACGCAGUCUAUGAUCCAGACCUUGGGCAAUAUGUCGGUGGUAUGGAUCCAGAGCUUGCCGAUCCUCGAAAUGUGGAGUCCAAAAAGACGUCCGCUGGUCGACAGGCUUGGGUGUCUCUUGUCUGGGCGCUAACCUGGUGGAUACCAUCUAUCUUCUUGCGCUAUAUUGGUCGCAUGAAGCGUCCCGAUGUGCGUAUGGCCUGGCGAGAGAAGGUGGUACUGGUCUUCCUGAUUUUCGUCCUGAACGCCGUCAUCGUCUUCUACAUCGUCGAGUUCGGAAGGCUUCUUUGCCCCAACUUUGACAAGGCCUGGAACGCAAAAGAAGUCGGUUUCCACACAGGCACAAAUGACUUUUAUGUCAGCGUUCGUGGCAAAGUCUACGAUAUCACGAAGUUUUACCGUAUACAACACAGCGACACAGCGAUCCAAACGAACGCGGAGAAUAUGCUUCCACUCGCGGGACUAAACCUCGACGCAUAUUUCCCACCACCGUUGAGUCGAGCCUGUCCGGGGCUGAAUGUCGACGAGAGUGUGCAAUUGCAACACAAUGACACCAGUGCCAUUCAAUAUCCGAACGCUGUCCACACCUCCGGUCAUCGUUAUCAGCCAGAUCAACAGUCGGCGUUGUAUAAAUGGGAUUGGUACAGCGACACCUUCCUGCCCAAAAUCAACGAAUAUUUCAAAGGAGAUCUCGUCGUGUCAAAGGGCAGCAUCAAGAGUCAAGCUGAGAACGACCAGAGACAGUGGGUGAUCAUCCACCAGAAAAUAUACGACCUUACCGACUAUUUCUAUACUUUGAACCUCAUGAACAACUUUGUCACCUACAAGUUCUUCCCUGAGGAGGUGACGGACUUGAUCAGCAGCAACCCAGGCUCGGAUAUCACAAGCCAGUGGGGAACGGACGCCGCUUUUGCAAACAGCCUGAACUGUAUGAACAAUGCCUUUUACGUGGGCAAGGUCGACUUCCGGGACACUCCACGGUGUCAAGUCAACAACUACCUUCUUCUGGCUUUUGCCUUGGUUUUGUGCGCGGUCAUUUUAGUCAAGUUCCUGGCGGCACUGCAACUUGGGUCGAAGCGCAGACCUGCUGCACAGGAUAAGUUCGUCAUAUGCCAGGUCCCAGCCUAUACUGAGGGUGAAGACCACCUGAGAAAAUCUCUCGAUUCUCUUACGGCCCUCCAGUAUGACAAUAAGAGAAAGCUGAUUUGUGUCAUUUGCGACGGAAUGAUCGUGGGUGGUGGCAACGACAGGCCCACGCCCAAGAUUGUCCUGGAUGUCCUUGGUGUUGAUCCAAAGAUCGAUCCGCCUGCCCUGCCCUUCCGCUCUGUCGGCAAUGGCAAUGAGCAACUCAAUUACGGCAAGGUGUACUCUGGACUUUACGAAUAUGAGGGCAACGUUGUCCCCUAUAUUGUCAUCGUCAAGGUUGGCAAAGAGUCGGAGCAAACAAAGUCCAAGCCUGGGAACCGCGGGAAACGAGACUCACAAAUUUUGUUGAUGCAGUUUUUGAACCGCGUCCACCAUAGAUCGGCCAUGUCCCCUCUCGAAUUGGAAAUCUUCCAUCAAAUCAACAACGUCAUCGGUGUCGACCCUGAACUGUAUGAGUAUCUUCUUAUGGUUGACGCAGAUACCAUGGUCAAAGAAGAUUCGCUCAAUCGCCUGGUCGCCGCUUGUGCCAACGAUGCUAAGAUUGCAGGCAUCUGCGGCGAGACAAGCUUAGAGAACGAAGAACGUAGCUUGUGGACGAUGAUCCAAGUCUAUGAGUACUAUAUCUCGCAUCAUCUUGCCAAAGCUUUCGAGUCCUUGUUCGGCAGCGUCACCUGUUUGCCUGGAUGUUUCUGCAUGUAUCGCCUUCGAACUGCUGACAAGGGACGGCCUCUGAUCAUUUCGGACAAGGUCAUCCAGGAGUACUCGGACUGCGACGUCGACACUCUCCACAAAAAGAACUUGUUAUCUUUGGGUGAAGAUCGAUAUUUGACGACGCUGAUGACCAAGCACUUCCCUUCAAUGUCCUACAAAUUCGUCCCCGACGCUUAUGCUCUCACCGCAGCACCAGAGUCCUGGUCCGUCUUGCUUUCCCAGAGAAGACGAUGGAUCAACUCGACCAUUCACAACCUUGCCGAGCUCGUCUUCUUGAAAGAUCUUUGUGGCUUCUGCUGCUUUUCGAUGAGAUUUGUCGUUUUCAUUGAUCUGUUCGGUACCCUGAUCCUUCCUGCAACGUGCGCCUAUCUCGGCUACUUGAUUUACAGAGUGGCGUCGCAUAGCGGCCAGUUUCCUCUGAUCUCAAUUGUCAUGAUUGCUGCAGUCUACGGCUUACAAGCGGUGAUCUUCAUCAUCAAACGACAAUGGCAACACGUGGGAUGGAUGCUCAUUUACAUCUGCGCCUAUCCGAUUUACAGCUUCAUCUUACCAAUCUACUCGUUCUGGAAUCAAGACAACUUUUCAUGGGGUAACACGAGAAUUGUCAUUGGAGAGAAAGGCGAUAAAAAGGUCGUUGCCAUUCAGGAUGAAGGCUUCGAUCCCCGUUCCAUCCCUCUUCAGAGGUGGGACGACUACGCCGCAGCCAAUAAUCUGCCAGGUCGUCGUGGAAAUUCUGGCACCUACCCAGAGAAGGGUUUUGAGUAUGGCUACACCGAUGAUGCUGCGAUGAUGGAGAUGGACGACAUGCAGUCAAGCUACUCCUCCGUCAAACCAGCCAGCACGAUCCUGGCGGGCUUCCCCCAUCAAUCAGGGCCAUAUAUGGCACCACCUCGAUCGACGACGCCAUUCACCGCGAUGCACAAUAACCGCGCCAGCACCAUGACUGGCCUCACAAAUUUCAAGGAUCAACCCGUCAGCUUGCAUGGACGGAACAUGAGUAUGAUGAGCUUGGGCAGCCAAAUGCGAUUGAAAUCGCCUUCCCCUGUGCCAUACCAGGACAACCCACGGAGCCGCAGCCCGUACCAGCAGCUCGGCAUGCAGCACUCAGUCAGCAAACCCAGUCUGUUGGGUGUGGGCAUGACGGGCAGUCGGCCAGCAUCCACGGUGAUGGACUUCCGCACUGUCCCUUCGGCGGGGCCAAGUGAUCACGACAUCGUCGAGGCGAUUCGUGCCGUGUUGGCCGAGGUGGACCUCGACAAAGUCACCAAGAAGCAAGUCCGGGCCUUGGUGGAGCAGAGACUCCAAUGUGAGGUCCCUGCCGGAGAGAGACGGACGUUCCUGGACAAGGCCAUUGACGGAGAACUGGCCAAUAUGUAAAAUGAGCGGACUUCAGUAUAGCCUUAUGGUUUUGGGACUUUGGAUUUGUGCGGGGCGACCAUAAACCCCUUUUUUGGUUCUAUGGCCACCACAAACGCGAGCCCGCCCGGAGAGAAGAAAGCAAAAGGAAAGGAAACCCCGGGGUUACAAUGGGUCUUUUGUAUGUACCUGGUUGUUGUAUCUUGGGAUGAGAUGAUGACGAUAUUUACUCACAAAAUCUGUCUGGGUUUCAAGAGGCAUGGCAUGGCGUGGUACAGCAUGGUAUUGGAGGCAGAUGGUUGAGGGUAUAUGAGGGAAGAGAAAGCCUGGUGGUGGAAAAUGGAGGUUAAGGUGUGAAGGAAAGGGGACUAUCUUACCGCGGGUCAUUAAUGCUACAUAUUAUAUAUUAUAGGAAGAAGAAGAAGAAGAGGAAGGAAGGAUCUUUGCACUCUGACCGCACCUAUCCAUCCAUCUAUCCAUCUAUCUCGAUGCCUCAAGAAUCCUGACUGCCCCAUCACGGCAGUCACUGGUGUUGGAAUCAGCGGGCGGUUUCCCUUUCGAUAUCUUUCUCUUUGUAUUUCUUAUGAAUGGAUUGUAUCAAUCAUGAGACCGAGC